AUGCCCGCCCCCAAAGAUACCAGACCAAUCGUGAUCUCCGGCCCCUCAGGCGUCGGCAAAGGCUCCCUAAUCGAGAAACUCUUCUCAAACCACCCAAACACCUUCGCCUUCACAGUCUCCCACACAACCCGCAAGCCCCGCGCCGGCGAAGUCGACGGAACAAACUACUUCUUCGUCGAGCACUCCGAAUUCGACUCCCUGGUUGCCGAAGGAGCUUUCGUCGAGCACGCAGUCUUUGGCUCAAACAAGUACGGAACUAGCCACAGGACUAUCGGUGACCAGAUGGCCAAGGGAUUGGUUGUUGUUUUGGACAUCGAGAUGAACGGCGUGAAGCAGAUGAAGGAGAAUGACAGCAUUGAUCCUCGUUAUGUGUUUAUCCAGCCGCCCAGCCUUGAGAUUCUGGAGGCGCGGUUGAGGGGGCGGGGAACCGAGAACGAUGAGGAUGUGCGGAGGAGGCUUGCGCAGGCUACUGCGGAGCUUGAGUAUGCUAAUCAGCAGCGGGGGGUUGAUAAGAUUAUUGUGAAUGAUGAUCUGGAGGUUGCGUACAAGGAGUUGGAGGAGUUCAUCUUUCAAUAG